AUGGCUCCGAUCAAGCACAAGGCGCUGAUAAACGUUGAUUUGGGUGAAGCUUACGGGAACUGGAGCUGCGGCCCGGACCUGGAACUUCUCCCCAUGAUUGACAUUGCGAAUGUUGCCUGUGGUUUUCACGGCGGUGACCCGCUGAUCAUGAUGGAGACGGUCCAACAGUGCAAGAAACAUAACAUCAAGGUCGGAGCUCAUCCCGGACUGCCGGAUUUGCAGGGGUUUGGCCGACGCGAGAUGAAGCUUUCCCCGGAGGAGUUGACGGCAAUCACCAUCUAUCAGGUUGGCGCGCUGCGGGGCUUCCUGGAGCGCGAGGGGGUGCCUCUCCACCAUGUUAAGCCGCACGGCGUUCUGUACGGCAUGAUGUGCCGCGACUACGAGGUGGCCAAGGCGGUCAUGCUUGGCAUCCCCAAAGGCAUUCCGGUCUUUGGUCUUGCGGGCACCAAUAUGGAGAAAGCGGCCAAUGAUCUGGGGAUCGAAUUCUGGGCCGAGCUCUACGGCGACGUCAAGUACAACUCGAAUGGGAUGCUGGUCAUCGAUCGCAAGAAGAAGCCGUGGGAUCUCAACGACGUGGAGAAGCACGUCCGCCAGCAGGUUGAAGAGCAGUCCGUCACCGCGGUCGAUGGCACUGUUGUGCCGUUGCCGUUGAAGGAUUAUCCAUUGUCGAUUUGUUGCCACUCUGAUUCGCCUGGGUGCAUUGAUAUCGUAAAGACGACGAGAAAAGUGGCCGAUGAAUUCAACGCCAAGCAUGGGAAAUAG